AUGUCUGGAGAUAAUAAAUACAAGUACAGGAUAGAAAUCCAACAAAUGAUGUUUGUUUCCGGCGAGUCUAACGAUCCACCAAUUGAAACUACUUCCUUAAUUGAAGAUAUAGUUCGCGGUCAAGUUAUAGAAAUUCUUAUUCAAACCACGAAAACUGCAAAUAGUCGAGGCUCCAAAAGUAUCGCACCCGAAGACGUCAUUUUCCUUAUAAGGCAUGACAAAGCUAAGGUCAAUAGACUACGAACGUAUUUGUCAUGGAAAGAUGUGAGAAAGAAUGCUAAAGACCAGGAAGGUGGGGGCACAGAGUCUCUUUUGGAAGGUGGUGGGGCAGAUGCUAGUGCUGGCGGCAGUGGGGCUAAUGGGGGUGCACCAGGUCAGCUGAGUGCAAACGAUAGCUCUAAAAUGCUUUCACGAUAUAAAAAGUCCAAGAUCAGAUUACCUUGGGAAGUACAAUUUAUGUUUAGUGAGCAGCAUUUGGAGACCGCUGAGGAAAACGAACAAUUUGACGAGGAAGAGAAAGCAGCAACCAUAGCUUCGCUUAAAAGGUUAAAGAUGGCCGACGAUCGAACAAAGAACAUGACUAGGGAAGAAUACGUUCAUUGGUCAGAAUGUAGACAAGCAUCGUUCACUUUCAGAAAGGCCAAGAGAUUUAGAGAGUGGGCUCAAAUGGCACAGUUGUGCGACUCUAGGCCGAAUGAUGAUGUAAUUGAUAUUUUGGGGUUCCUCACAUUUGAGAUUGUUUGUUCACUUACUGAAGAAGCAAUGAAUAUCAAGAACUCGGAGGAUAAAUUGACUCAAUUGCAGCAGGAGAAAAAUAGAGAGCAAGAAAAACAACCGAAAAAGAGAAAGUAUUUGUUUGAUAAGCCGGACGAGUUGGCAUCGCCAAUCAUGCCCUAUCACAUAGAGGAAGCUUGGAGGAGGCUCCAAAAGACAGAUUUCAAGCAUAAAGCAGCCAGGUCUUUUGGAGGUGGCAUGAUCAAGACUAGAACAAGACUUAUUUAG